AUGGCUCGUACCAAGCAAACCGCUCGUAAAUCGACUGGAGGUAAGGCUCCUCGCAAGCAGCUGGCCACCAAGGCUGCUCGUAAAAGUGCCCCGGCCACCGGAGGAGUGAAGAAGCCGCAUCGUUACCGUCCGGGAACGGUGGCCCUCCGAGAAAUCCGUCGCUACCAGAAGUCGACCGAGCUGCUCAUCCGCAAGCUGCCCUUCCAGCGCUUGGUGCGUGAGAUCGCCCAGGACUUCAAGACUGAUCUCCGUUUCCAGAGCUCAGCCGUCAUGGCGCUGCAGGAAGCCAGCGAGGCGUACCUGGUUGGUCUGUUCGAAGACACGAAUCUGUGCGCCAUCCACGCCAAGCGCGUCACCAUCAUGCCCAAGGACAUCCAGCUGGCCCGUCGCAUCCGCGGAGAGCACCCUUCUCAAAGAGAAACGUCCCUUACAAACGUACCCCAAUCAAAUCUAACCAUGUCUGGCCGUGGAAAGGGAGGAAAGGUAAAGGGAAAGGCAAAGUCCCGUUCCAACCGUGCCGGUCUUCAGUUCCCCGUUGGCCGUAUUCAUCGUCUCCUGCGCAAGGGUAACUAUGCCGAGCGCGUCGGUGCCGGAGCACCCGUGUAUCUGGCAGCCGUCAUGGAAUACUUGGCCGCUGAAGUGCUUGAGUUGGCCGGAAACGCUGCCCGUGACAACAAGAAGACGCGCAUCAUCCCGCGUCAUCUGCAGCUGGCCAUCCGCAACGACGAGGAGUUGAACAAGCUGCUGUCCGGAGUAACCAUCGCUCAGGGUGGUGUGCUGCCCAACAUUCAGGCCGUGCUGCUGCCCAAGAAGACCGAAAAGAAGAGUGCGGCCCUGACGCUUCAGAGCAUACACCACAUCCAUAGCGGUGACGGUCUUACGCUUGGCGUGUUCAGUGUAAGUGACCGCAUCACGAAUCACAUUCUCCAGAAAUACUUUCAGGACGCCACGGGUUUCCUCGUAGAUGAGGCCGGAGAUACGUUUCACUCCUCCGCGCCGAGCCAAACGGCGGAUGGCGGGCUUGUCAUGAUGAGCACAGGAUUUUCGCUCCGUGCUCAACGAAACCUACGCUCUCAAAGUGAGAUGGCUCGUACCAAGCAAACCGCUCGUAAAUCGACUGGAGGUAAGGCUCCUCGCAAGCAGCUGGCCACCAAGGCUGCUCGUAAAAGUGCCCCGGCCACCGGAGGAGUGAAGAAGCCGCAUCGUUACCGUCCGGGAACGGUGGCCCUCCGAGAAAUCCGUCGCUACCAGAAGUCGACCGAGCUGCUCAUCCGCAAGCUGCCCUUCCAGCGCUUGGUGCGUGAGAUCGCCCAGGACUUCAAGACUGAUCUCCGCUUCCAGAGCUCAGCCGUCAUGGCGCUGCAGGAAGCCAGCGAGGCGUAUCUGGUUGGUCUGUUCGAAGACACGAAUCUGUGCGCCAUCCACGCCAAGCGCGUCACCAUCAUGCCCAAGGACAUCCAGCUGGCCCGUCGCAUCCGCGGAGAGCGUGCCUAAAUCGUCCAUGCAUCCGGAAGCGGUCCCUGUCUAAACGGGGCAUUUCCUUCUCAAA